AUGAGCAGCUAUAAUAAUGUUGAUAUCCCAGAAGCCGAGGCUUGGGAUACAGAAGGCCUGGAUUUCCCUUCGCUAAAUGAAAUAUUUCCAGAGUCAGCGCCAGCAUCAGAACCACCCCGCACUGAGACUCUACCAGCACUGGAGCAAGAAGCCCUUUUGAUCUCCUUGGAGAAUGCACUGAAAAAGGCAGAGUCGGAAAAGGAUAUAGCGGUAUUUGAUGACUUGCCGGAAUCUUUAUUCAAUCUCUCGUCCCAAUCCUUGCUUCGGGCUGCAGAAGCCCUGGCGAAUGGAAGUAGGAACCCUUCACUGCGUCACGUGUAUGGCCGCACAGGCGUUCUGAAAUUCUUCCUUCGCCUUAUAUCCUCUGAAGAGGCUACGGAGAGCAACCUGGUUCUCCAAUGUCUGAGACUAAUUGGGAACUCUUGUGCUGAUACUGACGAGAACCGGGCAAUCGUGGUGGGCUACAUACCUGCUAUCCUGCGGUAUAUACUGCAGCCUGAACUCCUCCAGGUUGUGAUACCUGUUCUGUAUAACUUAUGCAUUGACUACGAACCUGCCCAGUCUCAACUAGCGGCGGAGAAGAUAGUAUAUAUCCUCUUGACACUAGUUAGAGAUGAUGCAUUCCAGGGAGAUGAUGCUCUUCUUGAUUAUGUUUAUGAACUUAUAGAGCUCGCGGGGGAGCAAGAGCAAGGCAUAGAAAACUCACCUGAGGGAACAAUCUCACUGUUACUAGAUUUGAUAAAGAGCUCGGACGUUGAACUGGCCCAAUUCUGUGCCCUUGCAAACUGCAUCGUUGCAUACAUAAACAAACCUAGAUUCCAAGACAUCUGCAUAUCAAGGCGCAUGGUUCCCGGCAUGUUAUCAAUGCUUAGACGGUCGUCAUUCUUCAAGGCAGAAAGCUCGGCAGACACGCAGGCACUUACACAGUCACAACUGAAAAUCAAUCAGACACUGGCAGAGUUAUCUGCCUCGCCGCGGUUCGCAGAGCUCUACCCCCUAGGCUCGGCGCUCUCGCGAACGCUCAAAUCCUGGCUGAGUAAGCCAGAAGACCAACUUCAAAUCUGUGCCUGCAUUAUGCUUGGGAACCUGGCGCGCUCCGACGAGGUCUGCGUUGCCAUGGUCAAGGAACUGGAAAUCCACAAAGAACUGAUAGCCAUCCUCAACAGUAAUGCUAGAGGAGCAGCACUUCACUCCGCUCUUGGGUUUCUCAAGAACUUGGCGAUACCGAGUGAUAACAGGGUUCUUAUAGGCGAGGCCGAAAUAAUGCCAGCUAUCGCCCGCCUAUGGGCCUACGAGACCGUCCCACAAGUUCAGCUCGCAGCAACCAGCAUCACCCGACAGCUAGUCAUUUCCUCUGCUGAAAACAUACGUCGGCUACUAGAGCCAGUGGAGGAGAAAGAGGGGCAGACCUACCUGUCAUUACUUCUUGAACUUUUCGAUAAAACCGACUCGACCCCAAUCAAGACAGAGAUCGGACGCAUCGAAGCGUCUCUCUGUCGCACACUUAUACCUAAGGCUGAUGCUGCUGGUGGCCCUCUUCUCGACUCUCUGUUUACUCAUGAAGGCAUGGUCCUACCGCUGGAAGCAAUGAUAAAGCAGGAUCAAUGGCCCGUUGUCCGCAGUGAGGGAUGGUUUGCACUCGCGCUGAUGGCAUCUACCAAGGCUGGCUCUGUCGCUGUCGUCGAUGGAUUACAGAAGAUUGACGGGUUCUCUAUGAUUGAGCAGAUCUUAAGCGCUGAAGAGCCAUCUGAUAGCAAAACAGAUAAGGUGCAGUGGCGCAAGGACAGGGAUAAUAUCAUAGUUCUCAUGCAGGAGUUGUUCAAGAAUCAGUCCCACGCGGUCAGCCCUUCUUGGAAGUCUACUGUGCAAGAAUUGAUGAAUACACAUAUCUCAAAGUACCAUUAA